UCUCACAUCACACCAUUUUCUCCUUCCCAAAAUUCAAAACCGCCUAAACCCGACCCGACCCGCUUUUCCGAUUCCUAACUGCUUUCCCGAUUAUCAUGGCCGCCGAAACCGCCGUCGUCAAGGCCAAGCGAGCACCGCCAGCUCACCCUCCCUUCUCGGAGAUGAUUACGGAGGCGAUUGUGGCGCUGAAGGAGAGGACUGGUUCAAGCCAGUACGCCAUCACCAAAUUCGUGGAGGAGAAGCACAAGCAGUUGCCUCAGAGCUUCAGGAAGCUUCUGCUUCUCAACCUGAAGAAGCUCGUCGCCUCCGGCAAGCUCGUCAAGGUCAAAGCCUCCUUCAAGCUCCCUCCUCGCUCCUCCGCCGCCGCGGCCUCUGCUGCUCCGGCGAAGGAGAAGACCAAGCCGGAAGCUUCCAAGGCUAAGAAGUCCACCGCCGCCGCCGCGAAGACUACUUCUAAGCCGAAGGCGAAAACCGUCGCGAAACCGAAGGCUAAAACCGUCGCGAAAUCCAAGGCGAAAACCGUGGCGAAACCGAAGGCGGCGGCGAAACCGAAGGCCAAGGCGGUGGUGAAGAAACCGAAGGCAUCGGCGGAGGCUAAACCGGCUGCGAAGGCGGCAAGGACAUCGUCGAGGACUUCGCCGGGGAAGAAGGUGGCGGCGAAAUCCAAGGCGGCGACCAAGGUUGUGAAGAAGGCCAAGAGUGUGAAGUCUCCGGCGAAGAAGAAGGUUCAGCCAAAGAGGGGCAAGAAGUGAAAAAAGGUUUUUCAGGGAUCCAGGGGUAGUAUUGUGUAAAUUUUCUAAAGUCUGAGGGUAGUUUCGGUAUGGAAAAAAGAAGCAGUAGUCUGUAGUUUGUUUGGGCACACACAAAUUUGUAGGACGGUUUUUAUUUUCUGGUUGGUAAUUUGUUGACUUGUAAUGGGAUUUCUAUAUUAGUCUGAUGGCUCUAGUGUGCUUCUUCUUAUAAUCAAAAUCAAAUGUGUUUUUUUACCAUUUGUUACAUUCCUUUU